AUGACGUUGCCUUUGAUAACUUUAAUCAAUUUACAGUUAAUUAGUGCAUUAAGGUGUCCACCAUGUGAGAAACUACACUGUUCUAGGUUAUCAAAGUCGAGUUGUAAAGGGGGAAUAACUACGAGUAUAUGUGGGUGUUGUGCUAUAUGUGCUAAAGUAAAAGGUGAACGAUGCGGUGGUGAAUAUCAGUAUUUAGGUAAAUGUGAUAAAGGACUGUAUUGUCAACCAUUAACAGACAAAUCUAAUAUCAUAAUGUACCAUGGUAAAGCAGAAUUAAUUGGUUCCUGUACCAAACGUAAGUUUCCAGGUCCUCAGGCAGACGAAGGAAAAUCUUCAUAUUGUAGGCCAGAAUGUUCUCCAAUAUUUUGUAAGCGAAAUCCUCGAGCAAUCUGCUCUGCUAUCAAGGUGGCAGACAUAAAACAAGGAUGUCAAGAGCGAUGUCAACAUACGUCAUGUAACGCAUGUAGUUACAGAAAGGAAGCAGAUUGUCCAAAAUGCCGGAAAAACGACUUCCGGUGUAUGAAGAAAUACGGAAAAUGUAUAAUGCGAGAUUUUUGUAGUAGAAGAAAAUUUCCGUGUAAACGAAAGAGAUUAAAGAUUGUUGAAGAUGGAAAGUUUGUGUGUAAAGUACCAGAGUGUUUAAAAUGA